UUUACUUUUCAAUUCUAUAUAUAUAUGGCUGAUGGUCACGACUCACGAUACAAAUCCUACCAAAUGGCCCUCCUAACCAAAAACUUCUUCAUCUUCUUUGAUUAAUUUGCCACCUCGCAUGUGUGAAAAGUCAAAUCCUCUUCGCUACGUGUGAAAACUCUCUUCCCCAAUUUAAAACUUACCACACUAGGAAUAGUACGAACAAUUCAAUGUCUGCUUCCGGCUUAGCUAGCCGGAAAAAGGAUCCGGUGUACAGAGGAAUCCGUUGCCGAAGUGGGAAAUGGGUUUCUGAGAUUCGUGAGCCGAAGAAAACCACUAGAAUCUGGCUUGGGACUUACCCCACGGCAGAGAUGGCAGCCGCGGCCUACGAUGUAGCUGCUAUGGCUCUUAAGGGAAGAGAAGCCGUCUUGAACUUCCCCGAAUCCGCCCGGUCAUACCCGGUUCCCGUAUCAACAUCUGCAGCGGAUAUACGAACCGCUGCGGCCGCUGCAGCGUCAGUGAAGGGAUGNGAAACUUCUAAUAGACUGAUUCCGGAACAGACUGAAGAUCCUUGA